AUGGCCGAUCAACUCUCCAACGAGCAGAUCUCCGAAUUCAAGGAGGCGUUCUCGCUAUUUGACAAGGAUGGUGAUGGUACCAUUACGACGAAAGAACUCGGCACUGUGAUGCGGUCACUGGGCCAGAACCCCACCGAGGCGGAACUCCAGGACAUGAUCAACGAAGUUGAUCAGGAUGGAAGCGGAACUAUUGACUUUCCAGAGUUCUUGACGCUUAUGGCGCGCAAGAUGCAGGAUUCUGAUUCCGAGGAAGAAAUCAAGGAAGCGUUUCGUGUCUUUGAUAAGGAUGGCAAUGGUUUCAUUUCCGCUGCUGAACUCCGUCACAUCAUGACGAACCUCGGUGAAAAACUAACAGAUGAGGAGGUGGACGAGAUGAUCCGCGAGGCUGACGUUGAUGGCGACGGCCAAAUCAACUACGAGGAGUUCGUGAAAAUGAUGAUGAGCAAAUAG